AUGAAAGAUUCAAGUAAAUAUUUAAAAUCUAUUCAUUUAGCUAUAGAAUCUUAUAUGAAAGCAAUUGAAGAAACAGUAGCAGAAAUUGAAUUAAUCGAUAUCUAUGGAAACUUGUCUAAUCUCUAUAGAGACAUUGGGGAAUAUAUAUUAUCGAUACAAUACAAAGAAAAACAAGUUCAAUUCAUAUUCAAAUAUUAUUCAUCGCUUGAUGAUGAAAAAUGUGCUGUUUGUCUCGAUUCUUUAGCUUUUCUGUACGAAAAAAUAGAAAACUACAAUGAUGCUUUGUUUAAUGAGGAAAAAGCUUUAAAAAUUCUUUUAGAAUCCAUUGUUGAUCGUAGUUCAUGGUGGAUUAUUCGUAUUUGUAAGAAUUUAAUUCGGAUUUACAAUGAACAAAAACACGAUUCUUAUUCGGCAUCAAAAUACGAAUUAAUCAAACAUGAAUACGAAUUAAAAGACAAUAAAUGA